GGACAGGCGUGCAAGAGCGCGUCGAAAGAGUUUUCUCUCGUCGAAGAAAUGUCGUCGUCGUCGAUCACCGCGGCGGCGUUGAAGUAAACGACGUUGAAAUAUGUCCGGACCGAUAGUCGGUCGUGCGCAGCAAACACUCGGCGACGGUGUACGAGGACGAUCGGACGCGGUGAUCUGCGCGGUCUGCGACAGGACUGACAAGCUGUCGAGGUGCUCGCGUUGCAAAGUCGUCUUCUAUUGCACGAAGGAGCACCAGAGACGCGACUGGAAACGCCACCGGGAGUUUUGCGCGACUCAUCCCGCGGCUACUGCGCCUGCGGAGGAGCCGUCGCCCGCCGCCUCCGCCGCCUCCGCCGGCGUCGUCGCCAGCGAGCUCCCGUCCAAGCGGCAUCCCUCGCUUCGCGGCGAUCACAGAGCCCCGCCGAGCGCGCUCGUUCCUAACCUAAACCUAAACAGGACCUCGGUCGUCUCGGAUGCAUCGUGGGGCUCGAACGUCACGGAGCCGCGUCGGAGCGAGAAGCACUUGGCAGGUUCUUGCGCGCAACAGGAAAACGGAUCGAGUCAGGAAGAACGGAAGCAGAAUCUUAAGAAGAAAUCCAACAGCGGGAAGGCGAGGAGCGGGCGAAACAACAAGGUCGAUGGCUGGACGUCGCCUAUAACGUACGAGGGAAGCUCGGAGGACAUUAUACUAGGAGCUCAAGCCGAGCUCCUCAAUCCCAUUCUAGAGGGUUCGAGGAUCUUUGACAGUUUGAGCAAGGCGGACCUUGGCUCGGCCGGCCAACAUCGUAACGGCAUGAAGAACCUGUCGGAGAUACAGGAUCAGGAGGAGGAGCUUCUACCCCCUUUUCUACAUAGGAACAGGAGCAAUCUCGACGAACUUCUAGACAAAAUUUGCCAGUAUGUGAUAAGGGACAUGGACGAGUACGGCGUAUGCGUGGUGGACAAGUUUUUAGGCAACGAGAGGGGUCUCAAGGUGUUGAACGAAGUGUUAAAUAUGUACAGUGCCGGAUUGUUUCAAGACGGACAAUUGGUCUCUAAUAAAGGUGGCGUGAAUGACUUAAAGACGAUACGCGGCGACGAGAUAAUAUGGCUCGAUGGAAAAGAGGAACAGUGCGACAAUAUUGGCACCCUGAUAUCACAGGUCGACGCGAUUAUCAUGAGGGCCAAUAAGAUGCACAAUAAUGGCAAAAUAGGAAACUAUACCAUCACUGGCAGAACGAAAGCGAUGGUAGCCUGUUACCCUGGUCACGGUUCACACUAUGUAAAACAUGUGGAUAAUCCUAACCGAGAUGGACGUUGCAUCACAGCUAUUUAUUAUCUUAAUCGGGAUUGGGACGUCAAGAAGAAUGGCGGACUUUUGAGGAUAUUUCCUGAAGGCUGGCGCGAUAAAGUAGCAAACAUAGAACCUUUAUUCGAUAGGAUACUAUUUUUCUGGUCGGACAGGCGAAAUCCACACGAGGUGCAACCAGCGUUCAAGACGAGAUAUGCCAUUACGCUUUGGUACUUUGACGCCGAAGAGAGAAAUCAGGCUUGCCGAAGAUAUCAAAGGGAAAGAGAACUACAUACGAAUAAUAGCUCGUGAGACGUAGAGCAUGAAGAAUUACUACGCCGUCCGAUUGGACUGAAGUUAUACUUGUAUAUAAAAUAUUAUGUAUUAUUAUGUAUUAUGAUAAUGUUUGCAGGAGGAAUUGAAUAACGUACGAAAAAAAUUGUCGAAGACGAUGCGUGUUUGUAAGGAAGUGCAAUAGACGUAAGAACGUACUUUUUUUUACAGAUGGCACUGUAAUAUAUGUGAUGAAUUAAUGUGUGUAGUUGUUGUAAUUUACUCUUUUAUAUACAUAUAUAUGUAUAUGUAUCUACACAUACGUACACACACAUAUAUAUAUAUAUAUAUAUAUAUAUAUAAUUCUUUAUUUCAAUUUCUGAGAUUCUACGUAUUUGCACUUUGUAACCUAAUAUUUAAAAUAUCAAAUUUGCUUCCUAUGUUUUAAAGAAACCUUGUAUUUGUAUCACUCAUUAACUUCCGUUAUGUAAAGUAUUAACAAUGUUUAGAGCAUGUUGCAUUUGAAAUAUUUUAAGCGAAACCAUAGAAUAUAAUGUAAAAAAAA